AUGUUGUCAGAGUUCUUCAGCUCCGUUUUCCGGUUUAGAAAGACCACGGUUAGUCUGCUAUGUGUUCUGACCUAUUCCCUCAUCGGAGUGCUUUACGUGUAUGACCGCGUUCGCUACAAGUAUACUUUGGCUGCCUCAGAUGACUUUAGCCGUGCUCCUCAGCUACUAGAGAAUGCUUGGCUUGAUUUGCAGAACAUCACUGAGACAUUUCACCCGUUCACCUCGAGAGCCAACGUUAAAGUUCAUGAUUAUCUGCUGGGACGUGUACUAAAAAUGACACAAGAUGUAGAAUAUGCUGCAGUUUCUGACGAUAUGGAGAGUGGUCGUGUUCACCUAAGUAAGGGUCUACGUCCGGUGGGUGGUUCCGGGGAGAUCGGGUAUGUUACGUACUUUGAAUCCGCCAAUAUUUUAGUGAAGAUCGAAGGUAAGGACUCCAAGCUACCGGCCUUGCUUCUCUCGGCUCAUUAUGACUCGGUGCCAACAGCACAUGGUGCUACUGAUGACGGAAAAGGUGUUGUGUCCUUACUCGGUAUACUUGAUUACUAUUGCCGUGAGCAACCACAGAGAACUUUGAUCUUCAAUCUCAAUGAUAACGAGGAAUUUGGAUUACUCGGUGCUGAAGCUUUCUUUAGUCAUCCUUGGUCUAAAAGAGCUCACUAUGUGAUAAACCUGGAGGGAACGGGCACUGGAGGCAAAUCUGUGCUUUUCAGAACCUCUGACGUUUCAACUGCCAAGAUUUACCAAAAGGCAGUUGCUAAAGCGCCUUUUGGAAACUCCAUCUAUCAACAGGGUUUCAAUGAUGGUCUGGUCAAAAGUGAGACAGAUUUUCUUGUCUACUCCAGAAACAAUUUGCGAGGUUUUGAUAUCGCAUUCUACAAGCCUAGGGACCUGUAUCAUACGAUGAAGGAUUCUGUUCAGUACACUUCCAGAGAAGCGUUGUGGCAUAUGUUUCACACCGCCUGGCAGUUGACAAGUUAUAUGGCCGAAAACGCUGAUAUAGAUGAUAUGGAUCAAACUUCGGCUGUUUAUUUCGAUAUACUCGGGACUUAUUUCGUCGUCAUGAGCGCGAAAACGCUAUUCUGGUGGGGAUGUGCACUGUUGAUUACUCUGCCAAUUGUUACCGUGCUGUUCGACAUAAUGGGAAGGAGGAAAGACCGGGAGACAAAGAAGCCUUGGAUCGUUUGGUUAAGAUUUCCAAUCUCCUUGGCUUUUUCAAUGGCAAUGGUUACCGCUGUACGAUAUCUGCUGGAGUUAAACAACCCUUUGGUCCCUUCGCGUGAUUACCUAAGUUCGCUCUUCACGCUUUCAUCAUGUUUUGUUUUAGUGAACUAUCUGAUUUUAGCAUCCUGGGAGCAUUUUUCACCAACACAAGAUCUCAAGACUAUCAUUUUCAGACAGCUUGCCAUCAUUUCAUGGGUGGUCCUUCUACUUCAAACAAGCAGGCUCUACAGAUCUGGUUACAAGGAGACAGGAGCCUACCCAUUUACUGUGCUCUACAUCUCUUUAUCGCUUGGGUGUAUUAUAGGCUACUUGUGCCGCGCCCUCAGGAGGGUUGACGCAUACGAAGAACCAUCAAAAGUGAUCAGCUAUGGUUCCGGAGUGCAGGACGAGGAGGUAAGUUCUCACAAUAAUCCGCUGGAUGCCAAUGAGCAGACCAGUGACAUAGUGGAUGUAGAUGUUAUUCGGAGUGAGAAUGGCGAGAGUGCACCAGAAGACGAAAGAGCUCCGCUUUUGCACGAGAGCACAUCCACCAGCAGUAAGAAAAUAAAAAGGACCAACUCUAAUACAGUUACUAAAACGCUAAAUUACGAUUGGUGUUUACAAUUUUUGGUUGCCGCUCCAGUUUUAACAUACUUGUUGUUUAACAGCGUUGAUUUGAUACUAAGUGCUCUCAAUCAGACUAUACAGGAAAGUGAAAAAGCCACUGUUAUACUUUGGAACAUCAUUCUGCUAGGCGGUGUCCUAAUCGUUGUUCCACUACUACCUUUCGUCUACAAAUUGAACUAUUUCGUUGUAUUAUCGUUUUGCGUCACUUUCAUCAUUUCUUUGGGGCUGGCCACGCUGAGAACUCCAUUUAGUGAGCAGUAUCCUCUGAAAGUACGCUUUUCACAGAGUUUGAAUUUAGACAACAGUACUGAUGCUGUAGUCAGUGUGUUCGGAAGAGAAGGAUUCAUUCCCCAGAUUUUACAGGAUCUGCCCAGUGUCAAAAAUGAAAAUAAGCAUAUUUCGUGCCGGUACACGGGGGAUGGUAAUGAGGAAUGCUUUUACGUUGGAUAUUCUCCCAGUCUCGUCGACUCAGAUGUCCCAAUUGAACCAUACGAUAUUUUCUCGUUGAAUAUUCUAAAAGAUAAUAGGAAUUCAAGCGAUAGAUCGUCGUAUGCUCCAAUAUAUGCAGAAUUGAGGAUUAAGGCCCGUGAGAGCAGAGCCUGUAGUUUGAAGUUCAACAGCUUUUCCACCGUGAGGUCCCCAGUGCGGCAAAUUACUGUGUUCCGCGACCAAGGAAGCAAAGCUAACACAAGUAGUCUGCUGAGCUUAUCCGCUGGAAUUGAUGAGGUUAUGCUACAUAAAUCCAGUUUUGAUGAUGCUUACUUUCGUGUUGGCAUCCAAUGGCUGCCCAAGAUUAUCACAAGCGGCGGCGAAAAUGAAAGAACUAAUCAAAACAAGAAUGUGGAUGCUCUUGGCGUUUCUGUCACCUGCUUUUGGGGUGAGUAUGACUCAGAAACAAGGAUAGGUAACAACUUGCGUAGAAAAGUUCCAGCCUUCGACGAGUUGUUGGAGUACUCCCCGCUAUAUGUUACCUACGCUAAUAGGGAAAAAGGGCUUGUAAAGUUCAUUGAAACCAUUGAAGUUUAA